CAGGGAGCGCUUUCAGCGACAGGCAGGCGUGUGUGGAUGUGCUGGGCCAGACCUGAAACAUUGGUCUCUUCAACCUGUCAUCCUUCGCCAGGUCAGCCGGUGGCUGAGGCGCUCUGACAGGACACCCCCAGGAUGCCGCCCAAGAAAGUACAAAUCCAAGUGGAGGAAAAUGAAGAUGAUACCGAGGAAAGUUCAAGUGAAGAGGAAGAGGAGGAUGAAGAUAAAUUACCUCGAAGAGAGAGCAUGAGACCUAAGAGGAAACGGACCAGAGAUGUUAUUAAAGAGGAAGACUUACCACCUGAACCAGAGGAUGAAGAAACAAGGAAGGCCAGAGAAAAAGAGAGGAAGAAGAAGUUGAGGAGGGGAGCGGACGACGAUGAUGAAAUUGAUGAAGAGGAAUUGGAAAGAUUGAAGGCAGAGUUAGAUGAGCAAAGACAAAUGAUUGCUAAUGUCAAAUGCAAGCCUUGGAAAAUGGAGAAGAAAAUUGAAGUUCUCAAGGAAGCAAAAAAAUUUGUGAGUGAGAAUGAAGGAGCUCUUGGGAAAGGAAAAGGAAAGCGGUGGUUUGCAUUUAAGAUGAUGAUGGCCAAGAAAUGGGUCAAAUUUCUCCGUGAUUUUGAGAACUUCAAAGCUGCUUGUGUCCCAUGGGAAAAUAAAAUCAAAGCAAUUGAAAGUCAGUUUGGCUCAUCGGUGGCUUCAUACUUCCUCUUCAUGAGAUGGAUGUAUGGAGUAAAUAUGGUUCUCUUCAUUCUGACAUUCAGCCUCAUCAUGUUGCCAGAGUACCUCUGGGGUUUGCCCUAUGGCAGUUUACCUAGAAAGACAGUUCCCAGAGCUGAAGAGGCAUCAGCAGCGAACUUUGGUGUGUUGUACGACUUCAACGGCCUGGCGCAGUAUUCCGUGCUCUUUUAUGGCUAUUACGACAAUCAGCGAACAAUUGGAUGGAUGAAUUUCAGGAUGCCACUCUCCUACUUCCUGGUGGGGAUCAGCUGCAUUGGAUACAGCUUUGUGGUUGUCCUUAAAGCAAUGACCCAAAAUAUUGGUGACGAUGGGGGUGGUGAUGACAACACCUUCAACUUCAGCUGGAAGGUGUUCACCAGCUGGGACUACCUGAUCGGCAAUCCGGAAACAGCAGACAACAAAUUCAAUUCUAUCACAAUGAACUUUAAGGAAGCCAUAAUUGAAGAAAGAGCGGCCCAAGUAGAAGAAAACGUCCAUUUGAUCAGAUUCCUGAGGUUUCUCGCUAACUUCUUCGUGUUUCUAACACUUGCCGGGAGUGGAUAUCUCAUCUUUUGGGCUGUGAAGAGAUCCCAGGAAUUUGCGCAGCAAGAUCCUGACACCCUUGGGUGGUGGGAAAAAAAUGAAAUGAACAUGGUCAUGUCCCUCCUGGGGAUGUUCUGUCCAACAUUGUUUGACUUGUUUGCUGAAUUGGAAGACUACCAUCCCCUCAUUGCUCUAAAAUGGCUACUGAUACGCAUUUUUGCUCUUCUUUUGGGCAACUUGUAUGUAUUUAUUCUUGCCUUGUUGGAUGAGAUCAACAACAAGAUUGAAGAGGAAAAGCUAGUAAGGGUCAAUAUUACCUUGUGGGAAGCCAACAUGAUCAAGGCCUACAAUGCAACACUCACUGGAAAUAGCACUGGGGCACCCUUUUACGUGCACCCUGCAGAUGUACCUCGAGGACCCUGCUGGGAAACAAUGGUGGGGCAGGAAUUUGUGCGGCUGACUGUUUCUGAUGUUUUGACCACUUAUGUCACAAUCCUUAUUGGGGACUUUCUCCGGGCAUGUUUUGUAAGAUUUUGCAAUUACUGCUGGUGCUGGGAUUUAGAAUAUGGAUAUCCUUCAUAUACUGAAUUUGACAUCAGUGGCAACGUCCUCGCUCUGAUCUUCAACCAAGGCAUGAUCUGGAUGGGCUCUUUCUUUGCUCCCAGUCUCCCAGGCAUCAAUAUCCUUCGACUCCACACAUCCAUGUACUUCCAGGGCUGGGCCGUGAUGUGUUGCAACGUCCCUGAGGCCAGAGUCUUCAAAGCUUCCAGAUCGAAUAAUUUCUACCUGGGCAUGCUCUUGCUCAUCCUCUUCCUGUCCACCAUGCCUGUCCUCUACAUGAUCGUCUCCCUCCCGCCAUCUUUUGACUGUGGCCCCUUCAGUGGCAAAAAUAGGAUGUUCGAAGUCAUUGGAGAAACACUGGAGCAUGAUUUCCCGAGCUGGAUGGCGAAGAUCUUGCGACAGCUUUCUAAUCCUGGACUGGUCAUUGCUGUGGUUUUGGUUAUGGUUUUGACCAUCUAUUAUCUGAAUGCUACCGCAAAGGGCCAGAAGCAAGCCAACCUGGAUCUACAAAAGAAGAUGAAACAGCAAGCUCUGGAGAACAAACUGCGAAACAAGAAAAUGGCAGCGGCUCGAGCAGCUGCAGCUGCUGGUGGCCAGUAGCUCUCACAGAUAUGCUGUGGACCCAGAAGUACUCUUCUCCUCGCUGUUUGAGGGCAGUGACUUAUGUGAAGGCCCAGAGAACAAGCAUGGUGGAGUUGCUGUGCUCCUGUUUUAACCCUGAAGGAUUAUCAAGGUCAGACUGGUCAAUAAGUCAUCACCAGGCCUCCUGAGACAAGAAGGAUCUCCACCUUAAUCCACAUUAAGGAUUUGUUCCUGCACCGCCAUUUUGUCCCCUGACCCAUUUCCUUGACAUCUUUUUCUCUAACAAAUUGAAUUUAAAGGAGCAUGUGGUUCAGCAAUAUCGGUUAAUUUAGAAACCUUACGCUCAUUUCACUUUGUACAUUUCUUCUGCCUUAGUGUUCUUGGCCUGGGAGCCGGGCUACUGUAGCUUCUUUUUCCAAGUUUAGAAACAUCUCCAUAAAGUACUCACGUUAAGCAUUCCUUAACUCACAGUUUGAAACCAACCCCCUGUUUUCUCUUUUAUUUUCUGCCUGUCUCCCCCCCCAUGACCCACACAGAUAUAUACCCAAGGCCUUUUUAUUUGCUGCUGGAUUUAAUAUGAAAUAAAAUGGCUGUUGUAGAAGAAAUAUCUAAGUGAAUUAGGGACCAGAUCAGCACAGGGCUGAGGAAGUACAUGGGUCUUAGACAACCCAGCUUUUAUGAGUAAAAAAUAAAUAAAUAAAAGACAGCACAAAUGAUUGCUAUUGUAUCACAGUCUGAUCGUUGGACCUCCAAUGAUCCUAUCUCCUGCGUUUAGAUUCUCAUAUUGCAUAGUUUUGCUUUGCUUUUUGUUAAGGUUAGGAAAACAGUCUCAUAGGGGGGUGGAGCUUCAGUUUAUAGAUGUGCUCAAGCAUUAUUAUUUACUUAAAGUUUAACUUGACUUUGAAUGCUCUUAGCCGGCCUGUGUGACUUCCAUUACACCUCCUAACUCUGUCCUUUUCCAGAGGUGAGCCAAUUUGCCUGCCAUUCCCUGCAAUUGACUUGCUGGUUUGUAUUACCCUGUCUUUGAAUAUCUCCUUCUUUUCUAUCUUUUACUGGCCAUAGAAUGAUCCCCCUGUUCCUCUAGCAAUCCAUGUGCUCAUUACUUCCAUCGUACCAAAUUCAAGGCUUGCUUCCUCUGGUCAAAUUAUCCAGACUAGUCUUUAUUCCCAACUGUACUACUCCCUUGAUCAUCUGCAUUUGGGCUCUUGUGUUUUUAAUUCAGAUUUUAUUAAUGUAUUGACUUUCCUGUGCAUUGUAAUGGUUCUUUAUUCUUUCUUGUAUGUGUGGAUCUUUCCUGUCCAGAUUGUAAGCUUCCAGUGAGCAGGGAUCUUGUCUUCUAUCUCUUUUGUAUGCCUAGUAUAGUGCUGUGCACAGGUAGGCACUGAAUAAAUGCUUGUUAAUUAAAUUGAAUCAAUUUAACUUACAGCAGUUGCAUUGUGAAACAAAAACUUCUGUUAUCUGCAUGAAAAUAUUACUAUGAUGUAAGAAAUGAAAUUAUCUGUUGACAUGCUGAUUUUAUUGUCUCAUUAGAUUAUAAUGAAGAUGAUUUAAUAAAGCGAGUGCUUAUUUUUACGUGGA